GCAGCUCGUUUGUCUAGCCGCUUGCCUCCCCUCCAUCUCUAUGGUCUUGAUUGAUCCGUGGGCUUGUUGAGCGUCUUUCCCCGCUGCACGCGCGCUCAGCCAGCUUCUUUAGCUAUGAGAGUCUUAGUGGGUGAGUUAGGAAGGGGCCUGGGCGGGGAGGGGAGCGUGGGUGGGGGUGGUCCAGAAGACCUUGUUACUGUUGCUAUUUAUUAUUAUUAUGCAAAAGAGGUUUGAAUAGCUUUUGUUGCAAAGGAAACCGAGAGUUGGGUUGCUGUUUGGAGGUUGUGAUGUGCAGCCAGCUUUGAGUUGCAGGCAAGCAGAGUCCAGGGGCAUGAACACCUCCAAACGGGACCCAGUGGAGAGCGUAUCCUUCCUCCAGGCGAGCAGACCCCUGAGCAGAAUCUGUGGGUUUCAUGUCCAUUAUCUCAGGAUGUUGCUGGCUCUCCUUCCUAUGCCCCACAAAUAACACAGAGAUGCAUUUUAAAUAAAAGGACACAUUCUACUCAUGUAAAGACACGCUGAUUCCUGGACCGUCCGCAGGCUGGGUAUAGAAGGCAAUUGGUUGGAUCCAGCCCCUGGGCCUUAGUUUGCCUACCCAUGGACUAAAUGGCCUUUCCAGUUCUACAGUUCUGUGAUCUGGCUGCUCAAUUUAUUGUUAUACUUUUUCCAAAGAGCUCAAGGUGGUGGACAUGGUCCUCUUCCUCACAGCAACUUUGCAAAAUAGGUUAGUCCAAAAGACAACUUCUGGCCCAUGGACACCCUGGCUGAGUGGAGAUCUGAACCCACAGCCCCAUGCCCAGAGUUCUUGACGAUUUCACCAAAGCUGUGUUGCCUAAAUAAAGGGCAAGUGUCUUUACCUGGCAAGUGAGGAACAAUAGCGUCUUCCACCUGCCCUGCAAUGCUUGUUUUAGAGACUACAGUACCACCUUUUCUACCCAGCUUCUGAAGGAAUGAAAGGGACACAAUUACCGGUACCUUUCUUCUUAACUUAUUAUUUAUGUAUUAAAUUUGUUAGUCGGCCAAAGGGAUUUACAGUGAAGGAAACAAGCAGACAACACCCCCCACACCAGCCCCAUACAAUAGAUACAUUAAAACCAAGAGGAAAAAGACAUGCAUCUCACCCACUUCAAAAAGGUCACAAUUAGUUAAAGUCCAAAGCUUGGUUAUAGAAGAAGGGGUUUUUUUGGUUCUGGUCAGCCUGAAACAGACACAUUGCAUGGGGUAUGUGCAGACAUGUUGGACUAGAUGACCCUUGGGUCCCUUCCAACUCUGUGAUUCUGCAGUAAAAUAUCUCCAUUGCCCACCUGGCUAUUGGUGUGCCUCAGGUUCUCCGUGAUAUUAAGCAUCACUCACACAGCUAGUGCAUUCAUCUGUAAUCUUAUGCAUACAUAUAAAGAUGGAGGAGGUCCUGUAGAACAUUCCCUUUAUGCUUCAUCAGAGGCAUCCCCACACUAUUUCACAAGCUGUUACUUUUUAGGGUAGGAGGUACUCUGUACCUGCAUAGGACUGGGCCACAGAAUUUGUAUGUUUAUUUGUUUGUUUGUUUGUUUUAACUCCUAAGCACAUCUACUCAGCAGCAGGUCCUAUUAAAUUCAGUGGGACUUACUCUUUGGUAAAUGGGGUUGGGAUUACAGCCUUACUCAGUUUGAAAGGUAAAGCCUCUUGAUUAUUUGGGAGGGAGUAAUUUUUGUGUGUCACCCACCACCUUUCCUCUGAUUGCCUGGUGAGCUGUCCCAUUAUCUCUCUGUAUAUAGCCAUUACUUACAAAAAUAAAAUCCUUUAUAUAAAAAAAAUGCAAUUACAUUUUUUCAUAUUGAAAUUAGGUGGUGGGACUGGAUUUGUUGGCAGAGCCUUAACCCAAUUGCUGAGGAGCCGAGGGCAUGAUGUCACCUUGAUUUCCCGCCAUCCUGGAAAAGGGCGGACUACCUGGGUAUGUGAUGAGGGCUUAUUUUAAGCAUGUGCAGAAUUUCCACAAUUCCCUGGCCCUGCUGCUGUGAUUUUAACCAGGGGGUGGCUAACCCUUUUCAGCUCCGAGGGCCACACCACCACAUUCCAACUCCUCCAAGGGCCAAAUGCUGGCACACUGGACGUGACCAUAAAGGCACAAAUUACACAGCCAAAUUACAAGUGGCCUCCAGAACAGGCUUCAGAGAGGCGGUAGGAGGGGAGCCACAAUUAGCUAUUUGUUGUUCUUUUAACUUAAGUGUGGGUACCUCAGGCCAGAAGCCACAAUGUGGCCCUCUGAGGUUCUCUGUUAGGCCCUUGGGUUUCUCCCGAGGCCACAUUCUAUCCCAGACAGACAUAUGCUAGGUAGCUAUAAAGUAUUGGGGCCAGUAGAACAAACAGAAAAGACAGUUUCACUCCUACCCCUGGAUGCCAAGUUGCAUAUCGGUAGGGAGAAUCAAUCAGGAGUGGGAUGGGCAAAUUUGAGUGGCAGGGGAGGCGCUUGUAGCUAGAGAGACUAAUGCUGCACAUUCCUCCUCCUCCUCCUAGGAUGAAGUUUCCCGCUUGGGGCUCCCUCCUUGUGAAGGUGUGGUCAACCUAGCUGGAGAAAAUGUCCUUAACCCCCUCCGUAGGUAGGUCCCUGGAUGAGAUCACUCAGGGUGAUUAAUACGACUUUGCAGCUGACCCUGUUACCUGUAUUCCUAGCUGUAGUAUCAAAGCUGAGCCGAGGGGAAGGAACAAGCGGUUGAUAGGACAGGCCCAAGGGACAGUUGUCAGAGGUCUAGUGGAUAGAAUCAAUUCCACCUGAUCGGUGGAGGGUGGAAGGGAUUGCUCCCACUCAGGGUGGUCCAGACUGUGGGCUGCAUGUGGGGAAAAACUUAGCAAGCUGCUCAGAGACUUGUGUAAAAGCAAUUAUGUAUAGAGAUACAAGGGUAGUUUCUUCCAAUGCUGCAGGUGGAAUGAGUCCUUCCGCCAGGAAGUGGUUGCCAGUCGGAUAGAGACCACAAAUACUUUGGCGAAAGCCAUUGCAGGAGCUGAGCGCCCACCUUCUGCCUGGAUCCUUGUCACCGGCGUAGGUAUUUACUUCCAUGCUAGCUAAAACUGUAGCUUCGCUAUCCACUUGGUGGUUGCUGGUAGCGAAAUAACUGUGGGGGCAGAGCGCAUCCCCUCCAUCUUGGGAGCUUGUGAACAUACAGUGUCCUAUGACUCCACAAGCAAUUUUACAAAUAUGAAAAGAAAAUGGUAUGCCAACACCUAGGAGUCUGAGGAAGGAUGCCGUCUGCAGCCUGUUUUAAUGUUAGGGAUGCUAUGGAAUGCCUACAAACAUUCUGUGUGCUCAGGUGAAUGUGUCAACAGUAGAAUGACCGACUGAGAAUAUAGGUUAUGUAAGGGGGUGAAGAAAACUCCUCACAGGACCUGGGGACAAGGAGGGGUGGUGUGCUGUUGGCAGUGGGGGGAACACAUACGCAGGGAAGCUGGGAGGGCACGACAUCCAGAGCUGGCUAGAGGCAGAGUGGGCUUACCAAGGAUUUUAAGUGAUUUUUAGAAGGGUUUAAGUGAAGCAUGUGUCAGAGAGAUAGAAGCCUAAGAGAAAGACAUGAAACUGGGAAAGAAAUAAAAGGAAACAAAAGGGCCCUUCAGGAUUGUCACUUCUGAAGUUAAAAGCAGAUGGGGAUUUAGGAAGCCUUAAUACAGCUUUCUUGUGACAUAAUUAUUCAGGGUUGGCUGGUUAGGUAAAAUCCGGGUAUAAGAUAAGUCACACUAUUGGUAAAAGGUGUGUCCCAACCCCAGGGUACUACAGACCCAGCCCCACCACUGAAUACACAGAAGAGAGUCCUGGCGGAGACUUUGAUUUCUUUUCUCGCCUGGUGACCCGUUGGGAGGCAGCAGCGAAAAUCCCCGGUGACGCCACACGCCAGGUGGUAGUGAGAUCUGGUAAGUUGGGGAGUAAGGGCCGACAAUAGAGAGAAGGGCAUCUUUGGAGACAUGGGGUCAGCUUGGAUGUGGCGUGUGAAAGCCCAGAGACAUGAGAGGCCAAGGGUGGGAUCAUAGCUCUCAUAGCCUCGGCGCCUGUGUGUCUGCCUCUGAGGCUGAUAUUCAUUCAUACAAUGUGGGUGAGAGUACCAGGUGCUUACAGGCUCCUGCGCCCCAAUUCAACUGUCCGAACUGUGGUCUGAAGGCACGAGAUGCAGCGAUCCCACUGAAGCCCAGCAGGCUUAAGACUACAUGGGAACCCCACCAAAACCACCAUGGGGAACCUUCUCAUUCCCCUUUCCCAGAUUCUAUUAAGGAUGUGCCACAAAUGAUUGUACACUCAAGGCAGAUGGGAAGGGUAAGCAUCCUGUUCUUCUUGCUGAAUCAGCCAUCCGGCUCCGAUAGGACCAGCACGCUUUUCCUCUUUGCUCUCUGUGAGUGUGAUUUAACUUCCAGACCUGUGUAAAGCCAAGCCCAGGAGAUGCUUCUGUAUAAGCUUGUACAAGCUAUAACCCUGUGCAACUCACCUGCAUGGCUUCCCUAUAAGUGUUUGCCUUUUGCCAGUAAGCUUGCACACCCUGAGCAAUAAUUUUUAUUUGUUCUUCCUCUCUUUGCCUGUAGGUGUGGUGCUGGGCAGAGAGGGCGGGGCUGUUGCCCAGAUGUUGUGGCCCUUUCGCCUCGGCCUGGGAGGCCCCAUCGCUUCUGGCCGCCAGCCUUUUCCCUGGAUCCAUGUGGCCGAUUUGGUAGGCAUCCUGGCCCAUGCGCUGGAGCGGGAGGACGUCCGGGGUAUCCUGAACGGUGUCGCACCAUCCGCCGCUACCACCACCAAUGGGGACUUCGCCCGGGCUAUGGGGUCGGCCCUCCAGCGGCCUGCCUUCUUGCCUCUGCCAAGCUUUGCUGUAUCAGCCAUCUUUGGCCCUGAGCGGAGUGUCAUGCUGCUUGAAGGACAGCGCGUGGUACCCAAACAGACUCUGGAGAGCAACUACCGCUUUGCGUUCCCUGAUCUUCCCUCUGCCCUCCAGAAUAUUUUAACCUGACCCAGGAAAAAGUGUGUCUAGUAGUAGUACCGUAUUUUUCGCUCAAUAAGAUGCACUUUUUUCUUCCUAAAAAGUAAGGGCAAGUGUCUGUGUGUCUUAUGGAGCGAAUGCGUGGUGCCUGGAGCCAAAUUGCCCAGGGGCAAAAAGCAGAUCAUGCUUUUUUUUUUUUUUUAAAGAGGGAAGUGGGUGUUGAAACAAAGCCACUGAUCAUUUGCUGAUCAGGGAGAGAGAUAAGGGACACUAGAGAUAAAGGAGGCUGCCUGGGAGGGGGGAGGUAAAGACAGCAAACUUGCAAAGGGGGGAAACAGGAAGACUAAAGCAAUAAGGAGAGAAAUUAGAAGAAAAAGAGGAGCAAAAACCUGCUCCAGCUAAGGAAAAGACACUACACUAAGGCAAACAAGAGGGAAGGGAGUGUUGAAAGGAAACAGCUGAUCGGUGGGAUCGGAAGAGAGAUAAGGGAUGCUAGCAAAGGCUGCCUGGGAGCGGGGAGGUAAAAGCCCAUGGAUCCUCAGUAUUUUUACAUUUGGUCACCCCAAAUUCACAAUCAGAUCACAUAGCAUGUCCAUGGCUACAGCCUGCACCCAAAAAAUAAUGCACCCACUGUUUCAUGGGGCCACAAUGGCGCAAAAAUGUGGUUACAAAGCACGGAUCCACAUGGAUCCUCAGGAUUUUUGCAUUGGGUCACCCCAAAUUCACCAUCAGAUCACAUGUCUGUGGCCACAGCAUGAACCACAAAAAUCAUACAUCCACUGUUUCGUUCAGAAUAUUUUUUUUUCUUGUUUUCCUCCUCUUAAAAACUAGGCACAUCUUAUGGUCAGGUGCAUCUUAUGGAGCAAAAAAUACGGUAAUUCCUUGGUAGAUAAAAUCUGCUGGUUUCCUCCCACCCCGCUGCUUUAUUAAGUUUCGGUUCUGUUAGUUUUUGCUGACAACGCACACAGGAAAAAGAAGCUCGUGGGCACCUUAAAUAUGGAUUGUUGCAGACGCUUUUGUUAAGUUGUUAAGGUUCCCCCAGAUCUGUGCAUGUGUGUGUGCACAUUGUAAUAAGCCGUUCAAAGGCUUUUAGGUGCCUGUCUCCUUUGGCAAGAGGGGGUUCAAAUGACAAAAGGCACAGCCACUUACUCAGGGUGCGAACAUGCACAAAUAUAAAAUUUGUUUUCUUUUGUAAGAAUAAAAGCUGCUGAUAGUUGGAAUAGCAUUGUGGAAAGAGGAUUUGUUUGCAC